AUGAUGUCACAGGAAGAAUUACCUCCAGAACAAAUAGCAGUGCUGAAGAAGGCCUUCGACGUGUUCGACCACCAGAAGACGGGCUCCAUCGGCACGGACAUGGUGCGCACCAUCCUGGAGAUGCUGGGGCUGCGCCUCAACGAGAAGCAGCUGCAGGAGAUCAUCGAGGAGGUGGACGCUGACGGCUCUGGGCAGCUGGAGUUCGACGAGUUCGUGCAGCUGGCGGCCAGGUUCCUGGUGGAGGAGGACGCCGAGGCGAUGCAGCAGGAGCUCCGGGAGGCCUUCAGGCUCUACGACAAGGAGGGAAACGGGUACAUAACGACGCAGACCCUGCGGGAGAUCCUGCGAGAGCUGGACGACAAGAUCACCGAGGAGGAGCUCGACAUGAUGAUCGAAGAGAUCGACUCGGACGGCUCCGGGACCGUAGACUUCGACGAGUUCAUGGAGGUAAUGACAGGUGGCGAUGACUAGAGAAGACGGUCUCCUCGAACACUGGAGCUUCGUUGCUUUUCCCCAGAGGGCAACAUCAACCACCGCAAGUCCUCUGUUGGCCUGUCUGUGUACAUCAAUAAAAAAAUCGUUAAUAAAUGUUUACAGGAACAAGAA